AUGGACGAUACAGCAUCUUCGUCUUCAUCUGCCAGUUCUACAAGGAGUACGACUACUUCCGCCUCUGUAGCUACAUUGGAAUCAUCGAUAGAGCCAUCAACCAAGUAUUUGUCAGAGUCAACGUCAGAGUCCACAGAACCGUCCACGGCGUCACUCACAGCAUCCCCAACACAGUCGGCCACUGAAUCGUCCACAACUACUAGAACAACAACCGAUUCUCCACUCACCAUUGCAGAUGACCUGUCAACAGUGACGGAAGAAUCAAACCCCAGUACUGCAGUACCAAGCCCCACGCUAUCUCAGUAUUCAACCGCAUCAAGCAACAAUCUAUCCGCAGCAGAAGCCGAAUAUUCCUGUCCCGGAUUCCCAACCAACGCUGUCCUAGCAGGCUUCUUCCCUGGCACUGUCUUCGGCGCCGUAGCCGCCCUCCUCGUCACAGUCUGCAUCCGGCGCCAACGGCGAAACAACCUGCCACCAGGAGAAAAGGUGGCGCAAAACACCUUCCGCAAGUCCACAGGAACCCUAAUCGGCAUAUCCGAUCCGAUCCCCUCCGAUGAGAGCUCGUUCCGCACAGACUUCUUGCUGGGGAGAAACUCCAAGCGCAGCUCUGAUGACUCCCGCUCCGUCCUCUCGCGUAGCAGGUCCCGCGUAAAGAGCCUCUUCAGCGCGUCCCCGAAGGCCCAACACGCGCCUGCUGUCCCAGACGAUGAUAUACCCGCUGUGCCGCCAGUUCCAGCUAUUCUCUCAUUACCUGUGACACCGCCUCGUCAGCGCCAACCAAGUCGCCAGCCCAGCACGGAGAGUAUCCGCGUCUACACGCCCCCUGGUGUAUUCUCGAACACACCGACCCUCAAUCCAUCUCCAUACCCUGCUGAGCAGCGACCCAACACGACCCUAACGGAGAUUCUGGAUCAAGCACAGGCACAAAUGCGAGCUGAGUCCGUGUCAGCUAGCGGUGCGAACAGCAAGACCAACAGCACGGCUGGGGACAAUACAACACAGCGCUUUUUGCUCCCGCCGCCGCAGAAGCUGGGAAGGAGGAAGCAGUUGCCUUAUUGA